AUUCCAUCCCCGAAAGCUCCCCACUCCCCUCCCGAUUCCCGAUUCCCCCCAAAUUCCAUGGAUCCGCCGGCGCCGGAUUCCCAAUCCCGACCGGAGAAUGUGGUUUCGUUCGACUGCUCUUACCCCAUCUACGCCAUGGCGAUUUCCGCCGCCAACCGCGGCCACAUCGCCGUCGGCAGCUUCAUCGAGGAACUGAACAACCGCGUCGAUAUCCUCUCCUUCUCCGACGAGUCGUCGUCGAUCAAUCUCCUCCCCUCCCUCACCUUCCAGCACCCCUACCCCCCUACGAAGUUACUCUUCCAUCCCUCCCCUUCCUCCUCGCCCAACCUCCUCGCCUCCUCCGGCGACUUCCUCCGCCUCUGGGAAGUCAAGGACGCUUCAAUCGACCAUGUCUCGACGCUCAACAACAGCAAAUCGAGCGAGUAUUCCGCUCCCCUAACUUCAUUCGAUUGGAACGAGUUCGAGCCGCGGAGAAUCGGUACUUCAGGUAUCGACACGACGUGCACGAUUUGGGACAUCGAGAAAUCCGUCGUUGAAACGCAGUUAAUUGCUCACGACAAGGAGGUUUACGACAUCGCCUGGGGCGAGGCUGGGGUUUUCGCUUCAGUUUCCGCCGACGGUUCCGUGAGAAUCUUCGAUUUGAGGGAUAAGGAGCAUUCCACCAUUAUCUACGAAAGCCCUACGCCUGAUACACCUCUAUUAAGAUUAGCUUGGAACAAGAAGGAUUUGAGGUACAUGGCCACAACUUUAAUGGACAGCAACAAAAUUGUGAUAUUAGACAUCCGAUCUCCAACAAUGCCGGUGGCUGAAUUGGAGAGGCACAAUGGCAGUGUUAAUUCGAUUGCGUGGGCACCCCAUAGCUACCGGCACAUAUGCUCUGCCGGAGAUGAUGCUCAGGCCUUGCUAUGGGAGCUACCCACCGUCGCUGGCCCCAACGGGAUCGAUCCGAUAUUGAUGUACGCUGCUGGGGCUGAGAUCAAUCAGCUGCAGUGGUCCGCCGGCCAUCCGGAUUGGAUCGCCAUUGCAUUUGGUAACAAGAUGCAAAUGCUCAGAGUGUAGAAGCAAAGGGAUGAAGAUUAUGACAUAGGGGUGAGUAUAUGUAUAUGUAUAUACUUUCCAUUUGGAUUGUGCUAUCUAUCUGUUUGAUAAUGGCUGUUUGGACAAAGGGUUAUAUUUAUUGUGCUUUACUUAUGUUGUUGUGAUCUUGGGCAUCAUUUGAUUCGUUUCCACUAUCAAACAUGUGGUUGUUUAUGCAGCAAUGAAUGCUCGACAUUGAUUUGUGUCCCAAGAUUUAUGAGGUUUUCUUG